AUCCAAUUUAAUCUUCGGCUGCUUUCGCGCAACUCGUUUUCAUAUUGUUAAACAGCGUGAUACCGCGGUACUUGGUGCUACAGUGCAUGUAGUGUAUCAGCAUUUAUGGGCGCAUCGUUUAGAGUUUACAACGUGCCGUGCCGUUAGAUAAUACAGAUUUAACAAAACUCAAUGCUCUGUGUGUGAGCACAUCUGCCAGCUGGCGAACCACUCGAUGAAGACCGUCUGAGGCCGUCUCUGUGUCUCUUUCUUUCUCUUAACCCUGCAUGUUUUUGAAAAUUUCUUCUUCUUCUCUCAUUCUUAAUUUCUUGAGUAGAUAGCCAUUUGUCGAGAAAAACCUCACCAUGAUGAGGCUCAUCAGCUUCGUCUUACUCGCCUUGGUCACAGUCUCAGAACAAGCAGUGCCAAAACCUGCGCCUCGCCCUCGAGUUGACUUGGGGUACGCCGUCUACGAGGGUCUCUACAACGCCACUACCGACCUGAACAUAUGGAAAAGCAUCCGGUACGCUGCUCCCCCAGUAGGCAGACUGCGAUGGCAAGCUCCCCAAGAGCCCCCAAAGGCUACGACCCCAAAUCGCGUCAUUCAAGCCGUAGAUCAGCCUCCCUGGUGCCCUCAGUCGGGGGCCUUUGGCGUGCCUUUGAUAUACGGUUUCAACUCCAAUCCCGGCAAUGAAGACUGUCUAUAUCUCAACGUCUACGCUCCGCCACAAGCUGAGAAUCUACCAGUCCUUGUUUGGAUCCAUGGCGGGGGUUACUCCGUCUUCGCCGCCACCUACGACCCCAGCUCCAUGAUGAACACAAACAACAACAGCUUCAUCGUCGUCGAGAUCCAGUAUCGCCUCGGCGCAUUCGGCCAGUUAGCUUCAGCCGAAGUUCACAAGCACGGCAAGCUCAACGCCGGACUCUUGGAUCAGCGCUUCGCCCUCGAAUGGGUUCAGAAGCACAUCUCCAGGUUUGGCGGCGAUCCAACACGCGUGACGCUGGGUGGUGAAUCAUCUGGUGCGGGAUCUGUCAUGUAUCAGUCAUUGGCGUAUGGAGGUAAAGAAUCUGGACUCUUCAACAACCUCAUCUUGGCGAGCAACUAUGUCCCUCCCAUUUAUCCCUUCGACAGCAAUAUUUCCACAGGUCACUACAACGACUUUGCCGAAGCCGCUGGCUGUGGAAAGAAUUCGGCUGCUGUGAAGCGACACUCGGGCGUAUUCCACUGCCUUGUCGCCGCAGAUACAGAUACCCUUCAAAAUGCCAGUGGCCUCGUAUCGACCUCCAAGGGUUACUUUGGAAGCUUCGCCUGGCUCCCAGUCAUCGACGAUGACAUGAUCCGACAACGACCCUCGGAACAGCUUCAAUGCGGCAAAGUCAGCGGCAAGCUUGCUUUAAUAGGAACCAAUGCAGAUGAGGGCGUUCCCCUGACGAAUCCCAACAUCACAACCAAGCAGCAAUUCGACGCCUUCAUCUCCUCCACCCUCCCUCACCUAACCACCUCCGACAUCCUAUCCCUCAAUCGCAUCUACAACACGGCCACCGCCCAGCCAGGCGACAACGAAACUCGCUUCGACACAAACGGCGACGCCGGCCCUACGGCAAACACCGUCUCGGGCAUGGCCACGGGCAUCCAGCAGACGGCCUUCAACGUCGCCGCUGAAUCCAUCUUCCAGUGCCCGUCCCAGUGGGUCGCCGAAGCCUUCAGCUCGCCGACCUCUGGCCGCCGCGCGUACAAGUAUCAGUACUCGCUCGACCCGGCAUAUCACGGCGCGGAUCUCGGCGCUUACUUUGCCAGCAGCGGCUUUCCCAAUCCCAGCUUCCGGCACAGCUUUCACAGGAUAUGGGGCAAUUUCAUCGUCAGCGGGAGUCCUGUCAUUUCUGUCGACGACGCAACUGCUGGAGCGGAGAAUGCUACGGUGCCUGUUGAUGCGAAGCACCCGGGGAUGAUAUCGUGGCCGCAGUAUAGCGAGCAGAACCCAACGUUUAUGAAUCUCAAUACAACUGGCGGGGAAGUAACACUGCUGACUGUGACGGAUGAGCUGAGUUAUUAUAUUCGCCAUGGAGAUGGCAUUGUCAAUACGUUUCGCCUAGCUAAUGCGAAAACUUGGGAGGGAGGCCGUGGCGAGAGAUGUGCAUUCUGGCGGGCUGUUGCGCCAAGAGUACCAAAUUAAGUGACGAUCAGACUUUCUUUUCCAUAUCGUUCUUCUAUUCUUUAAAUAAUGGGUUCAACAAGAUUAGACGGCGGGAUUUGGCCGAUAUCAUUUUGCCCGUAUAUAUCAUCGGAAUUACAUGCACUUACAUACCAAGUAGCGAGGCGUCAUGGUGGGAUGAGUAAUAGCAUGGCAAUGGCCUCGUAAUCCGAUUACUCGGUACUAUUCCCCUUGCUCUCCAUAAAAUACAAUUCAUGAAAAAAGACAAGCUUAUAGAUAAGCUGCCGUUAGAUCUUCUGACGCUCCCUCUCGUUUACUCGCGGCACUCGGGAGUGGGAAUGCCCUCAGCAAUACACACACACAUAGCCAUCGGCCACCGAGAUCCGC